AUGCGGGCGGUGCGGGUGCUGGUGGUGAGCAACGGCGGGCUGCCGGCGGUAGACCAGCAGGCGCGUGGGCGGCUGUGGCUGGCGAUGCUGGAGGUGCGGGCGACGGGUGUCGAGGGCUACGAGCGAGCGCUGGGGCUGUGCCCGUCGGCGUGUGCGGGUAAAAUCAACAACGACGCGUUCCGCACGCUGGCAGGCGACAGCGAGUUCCGCAAGACCGUCACCACUGAGUCGGUGGUCCGGGUGCUGAAUGCGCUGCUGAGCGCCCCGGAUCGGUCAGCCAGCGAUCCCCCGCGGUAUGUGCAGGGCAUGAACACACUAUUGGCACCGUUCCUGUAUGUGAUGGACGAGAGCGCUGCGUUCUAUGCGUUCCGCCAGUUUCUUCGCAACGAGUGUCCGCUUUACGCGCGGCCGUCGCUGCCGGGCGUCCAUGCGUGUGUGCAGCUGGUGGACGAGUGCCUGGCGUUUGUGGACCCACAGCUGUACUCGCAUCUGCGGCGACACGGCGCAGUGGCCAAAAUCUACGCGUUCCCAGCAGCGAUGACGCUGAGCGCCAAUGUGGGUCCGCUGCGCCAGGUCGUGCGGCUGUGGGACUUUCUGCUGGCGUUCGGUGUGCAUCUGAACGUGGUCUGCAUCGUGGCCCAGCUGCUGUCGAUGCGUGAGCUCCUGGCCACGACGACCUCGCCGAUGCUGUUCCUGCGGUCGUUUCCGCCGCUGCGGGCUGCGAGUGUGAUCCGCCGCACGCGCGAGCUGUACGAGCUUCUGCCGGAGCCGCUGCGGCGCCGCAUCAAGCGCCAUGCCCACGACCCGGCGCUGGCCGAGCUUCUGGCCGGAGCCCCGCCGUAA